CAUUAGCAGUUGAGAAAAAUUCCUUUCUAGUUUGAUCAAUCCUUGUUUUCCUCGGCAGAGCCGGGGCGCCCGCCCAGCGCGGAGACGGAGAGCGGGGUCUCUCCGCGGCGGGGGCGCCGGGCGCCAGGCCUCGGGGGAGCGCAGAAGUAGAGACGAGGGGGUCAGGCCGGAGCUCCGCCGGGGCUUCUCCUCCCUCCCUUUCUGGUUGGCUUUUUUUUUUUCCACUUCUCUCCCUCCCCCUUCCGUUUCUAUUUGUGAAGGGAGGAGGAAGGCAGAGGCGGGCUGCUGUCUCUGGCCGGGGACUGGAAUUUCAUCUGAAUGACUGCCCCUGCGCUCACGCAGCGCCCCGGAGUCGGCCCGCCUGCGCCCCGCAGCCCGCACCCGCAGCCCGCGGGCCAGCCGGUGGGCGCCCGCGCCGCGGCCCGGGGACAGGCUCGCCUCGCCCGCCCGGUCCGGAUCUAGCAGUCCUUGGCCGGGCCGCACUCGCUUCCCCGGCCUCUCAGACCCCGGACGAGGUGAGGGAGGCGCGGCGCCGGCGAGCCAGGAGAGAGCCACCAUUGCCGCCGCCGUCUCUGGAGGAAGUGUGCGGCUCCCGGGCUCUGUCCGCCUUGGGGCGCGCCCCAAUGUCAGCCGCGGGCCGGAGUGCGGGCCGCCGGCCGCCGCAGCCCUAGCCGCGCCGACCGGGAGGCCGCCUCUUAUAUGGAAUUUGGACCCCGGCGCUCCCCUCCAGGGCUGGUGCCCCGGCCGCGGCCCUGGCGCAGUCCGCCGCCUCCCGCUAGGCGCUCGGGAGGAGGAGGAGGAGGAGACGCAGCCGGCUGCGCGCGCUGCGUGAGGACCGAGGCUCACUCCUCUUGGGGGGCGGGCGCGCGGAAGGCGCUGGUGAACUGAGCGACUGUCGGGACCGCUCGGGGCUCGGUGGCCCUCCCGCGGCACCGGACGGACCCCCCAGGUCGGGGAGUUGGGGAGACCUGCCCGGGGCCCCUGCCCGCCGCCGCCAUGGCGGAGAAUUGGAAGAACUGCUUUGAGGAGGAGCUCAUCUGCCCGAUCUGCCUGCACGUCUUCGUGGAGCCGGUGCAGCUGCCGUGCAAACACAACUUCUGUCGGGGCUGCAUCGGUGAGGCGUGGGCCAAAGACAGCGGCCUGGUGCGCUGCCCGGAGUGCAACCAGGCCUACAACCAGAAGCCGGGCCUGGAGAAGAACCUGAAGCUCACCAACAUCGUGGAGAAGUUCAACGCCCUGCACGUGGAGAAGCCUCCGGCGGCGCUGCACUGCGUGUUCUGCCGCCGCGGCCCCCCGCUGCCCGCGCAGAAGGUCUGCCUGCGCUGCGAGGCGCCCUGCUGCCAGUCCCACGUGCAGACGCACCUGCAGCAGCCCUCCACCGCCCGCGGGCACCUCCUGGUGGAGGCGGACGACGUGCGGGCCUGGAGCUGCCCGCAGCACAACGCCUACCGCCUUUACCACUGCGAAGCCGAGCAGGUGGCCGUGUGCCAGUACUGCUGCUACUACAGCGGAGCGCAUCAGGGCCACUCGGUGUGCGACGUGGAGAUCCGGAGGAAUGAGAUCCGGAAGAUGCUGAUGAAGCAGCAGGACCGACUGGAGGAGCGAGAGCAGGAUAUUGAGGACCAGCUGUACAAACUUGAGUCAGACAAACGCCUGGUGGAGGAGAAGGUGAGCCAGCUGAAGGAAGAGGUGCGACUGCAGUACGAGAAGCUGCACCAGCUGCUAGACGAGGACCUGCGGCAGACAGUGGAGGUCCUGGACAAGGCCCAGGCCAAAUUCUGCAGCGAGAACGCAGCGCAGGCGCUGCAUCUCGGGGAGCGCAUGCAGGAGGCCAAGAAGCUCCUGGGCUCCCUACAGCUACUCUUCGACAAGACAGAGGAUGUCAGCUUCAUGAAGAACACCAAGUCUGUGAAAAUCCUAAUGGACAGGACCCAGACCUGCACAGGCAGCAGCCUCUCUCCCCCUAAGAUUGGCCACCUGAACUCCAAGCUCUUCCUGAACGAGGUGGCCAAGAAGGAGAAACAGCUGCGGAAGAUGCUAGAAGGCCCCUUCAGCACACCGGUGCCCUUCCUGCAGAGCGUCCCCCUGUACCCCUGUGGCGUGAGCAGCUCUGGGGCGGAAAAGCGCAAGCACUCGACGGCCUUCCCUGAGGCCAGUUUCCUAGAGACGUCGUCGGGCCCCGUGGGCGGCCAGUAUGGGGCAGCGGGCACAGCCAGCGGCGAGGGCCAGUCAGGGCAGCCCCUGGGGCCCUGCAGCUCCACGCAGCACUUGGUGGCCCUGCCGGGCGGCGCCCAACCAGUGCACUCGAGUCCGGUGUUCCCCCCAUCGCAGUAUCCCAACGGCUCUGCCGCCCAGCAGCCCAUGCUCCCCCAGUAUGGCGGCCGCAAGAUUCUCGUCUGUUCUGUGGACAACUGUUACUGUUCUUCCGUGGCCAACCACGGCGGCCACCAGCCCUACCCCCGCUCCGGCCACUUCCCCUGGACAGUGCCCUCGCAGGAGUACUCACACCCGCUCCCGCCCACCCCCUCCGUCCCCCAGUCCCUUCCCGGCCUGGCAGUCAGAGACUGGCUCGAUGCCUCCCAGCAGCCUGGCCACCAAGAUUUCUACAGGGUGUAUGGGCAGCCGUCCACCAAACACUACGUGACGAGCUAACGCCGCGCGGGCAGUGAGCUGGGGAAUCUGCCCCCCCAGCCCCCAGUGGCUCGGGGAUGAUGCAUCCAGAGACCUGCCCUUCUACCUUCCUGUCCUCCCUCCCUCUCUCCUCCAUUCCCCUAAGUCUUUUCCUUUUGGAUUUUGUUUUGUUUAGGGCUUGUUUUGAUUUUUUUUUUUUUUAAAUGAAUCUCCUGGACGCGGAGGUGACAGUGGGAGCUGGCCUGGGCCGGGGCCGCAGGUGGCCCCAGAGUUGGGAAAGCGUCUACCUCAAGGCGCUGAGCUCUCUCUCUCUCUCUGUCUCACCUUUUCCCCUUCCCUCCUUCCCCUUCCCACCCCAUGGCUGGAAGGAGCCUCAGCUUCCUUUACAGCCUUGAGGGGAGGGGCAGUUUCCAACUCUCCUCACCCAGCCCUGGGAGGAGGGCCCAGGUGCCCACUGGCCUGCUUCUCCUGUUGGUUUUCUUUUGGGCAGUUUGAUCACUGACUGAAUAAGGAAUGACCUGUAGAUUGUGGGGCUUUUUUUUUUGUUUUUUAAACCAAGAAUGAUUUUUCCUGCUUCCUUCUCACCAUCCUCCCAGACGGAGUUCAAAGGCCACUUCUCAAGCAGCUUUCGGCACCUUCAGCCUCAGAAUGGAAUCUUAAAGACAGGAACCCCAUGUCCAGGAAAGGGGAAAAGGAACUUUGCCAAUGAUAGUGACCACAGCAAAAGCAAAUAAUAAUAAUAUUAAUAAUAAUAAAGAGAAAUAAAAGAAAUAAUAAAAUAAGAAACCAUAGCACAGCCCUUGUCGAGGUCAGCGGGAGAGGAGGGGCUGCCCGGAAUUGGGUCCUUGCCUGGGUUUUGACACAGCAACUUCCUGUAGCGAGCACUUUGUAUGAAUCGUGGACUUCCUGUUCUCAAGGCGCAGGUAUUUAUUCUGUAAUCUGUCUAGAGCACACACCGAAAUCCAACCGUCUAAUAAACAUAAUGGCGC